CGCAGCCGGAGGUCUCGCGAGUGUUGGAGGGUUGCGUGCCUGCUGUCGAGAUGCGGAAGCGGCCGCUGGGAGGAGGGGGCAGGGGCGCUGGCUGCGCCCGGACAGAGGGGAACUAACUCCUGACGAAGAACGCUGGAAGGUGGGGAGCAGAGGAAGGGCCGGUGCAUGGAUCUUGAGGGGCGGCGCGACUACAUAGUGCCGAAGGGACUCAUACUUCAGAAAUGACGGAAUACAAGCUGGUGGUGGUGGGAGCCGGAGGUGUUGGGAAAAGUGCCUUAACAAUACAACUUAUACAGAAUCAUUUUGUAGAUGAAUAUGAUCCUACAAUAGAGGACUCCUACAGGAAGCAAGUGGUGAUUGAUGGCGAGACCUGCCUGCUGGAUAUCUUGGAUACUGCAGGGCAAGAGGAGUACAGUGCCAUGCGUGACCAAUAUAUGCGAACCGGGGAAGGUUUCCUAUGCGUAUUUGCAAUCAACAAUAGCAAAUCAUUUGCCGAUAUCAAUUCGUACAGGGAGCAAAUAAAAAGAGUAAAAGACUCAGAUGAUGUUCCUAUGGUACUUGUUGGUAACAAAUGCGAUCUGCCAACGAGGACUGUAGACACCAAGCAAGCUCAGGAGCUGGCCCGGAGUUAUGGUAUCCCUUUCAUUGAGACGUCUGCAAAAACGAGACAGGGUGUUGAAGAUGCUUUUUAUACGCUGGUUCGUGAAAUACAUCAAUACAGGAUGAAAAAACUGGACAGUAAUGAAGACAACAGCCAGGGCUGCAUUAAAUUGCCGUGCACUCUGAUGUAAUUGGAGUCUUUAUGGAAAAAGCAAAGGAGGGCUAGCUUUCUGCACCCCAGAAGACCAAAACAUAUCCACCACCUGCAUAAGAUUGUUACCACACAAACACCACUUGUCAAACUAUUUACCUCGUUUGUGGGUGGUCUCAUCACUGUGCACUUUCCACACUGCUGCUGCCACAUGAAUCAACAUGUUAAUUACACCUGCUGGAAUCACAGAGGAAUUGUCUUGGAUGCAACUAUUCACAAGUGGAUAAAGAAGAGAAUGAUGUGAAGAUGAUUCAGUGAUGCCCCUGAUCUCAAGGACUUACAUGGCUUAAUGAGCACCUCCUGCGUUGUGUGAAUAACAUUGGGUGUAGACCACUAUUUUCACUGAAAUAAUCUCUCAGAAUAUAUGGGAAAUUAUUCCUGAUGCACUGCUGUUUUUGGGCUCGUGACCUUAAAAACGAACUUUGAAUUUAAGUGCUAUUAAAGAAACCACAGCAACAAAACUCUACAGGGAACAAUGCUUUCUUCAAGUGUCUAAUGAUUCUAGCAUGACAAUAUGGCCUUUGACUUUUUGAUGGUCUGAUCUCUUGUGGUUUUCUGACUGCUUAUUAGUUAAUGUCAGUUCAAGUGCACAUUAUGAUAGGAGGACCAAAAGAAACAAUUGUUUUGCGCUAACUGUUUCAAGUGUGGGAUUAAAUGGAGUUUCAGAUAUUUUGUAGUUAUUCACCGUCUGCCUUACACUGUCUCUUGAGAAACCGCCAUCAUUGAUGGCCAUUAGUCCAUAAAAGAAUUUCGGGUUUCACAAAUAAAUUCAUUUUUAAGUGUUGAGUGAUAUCAGACUGAUUUGCUUAUGUUUGGGACAGUAUUCUACUCUACAACAUGAACUUUACAGUGUGUUGUACUUGUAUAUCUGUACAUGUGAAAUAGGUUUCAGGUGUCCUUUGACCGGACACCCUUUACAUAACAAUUCUAAGUGGCUUAAAUAAAGCCAGAAGUAAAUAAAAAUCUAUUAACUACUAAUAAAA